AUGGCUGGUAAAUACGGUCAGCUGAAGCUUGUGAAAGUAGAACCAAUCGGCGAUUUCGUCUACAAAGUCUCUCUGAACCGCCCGUCAAAGUACAACGCUCUCGACAUGGAAAUCUGGAAGUAGGUCAGCACAACGACACUUUGAAGGAUCAGAUCCCUUCCAGAGAGAUUGGCGAUUGCUUCCAACUGAUCGACGAAGAUCCGGACUGUCGAGUCGUCGUUCUUCAGGGAGAAGGAAAGCAUUUCUGCACAGGAUUGGACCUCAAUGGUAUCUUUUCCCAAAUCAAAGACACUUUAAGCUUUAUACACUUCCAGGAGUCGGACUUCUAACCGGCGGAGAACAUGGCGCUGAAGAAGACCAGGCCAGAAAAAGCAGAAUCUUCCUGCGGAAGAUCAAGUUUAUGCAGAAGCAGUUCACGUACAUUGACGAGUGCUCGAAGCCAGUGCUCCUGGCCAUUCACGGCUACUGUCUCGGCGCCGCCAUCGACAUCGCCACCGCCUGCGAUGUGCGAUUCGCGACCAAGGACGCGGUGCUGUCUGUAAAGAAGUCGAUGUCGGAAUGGCGGCGGACGUCGGAACACUGAACCGUCUGCCGAAAGUGGUUGGAAACCACAGUUGGAUUAAGGAGAUUUCGCUUUCCGCACGCCACUUCUCAGCUGCAGAAGCACUUCAAUUCGGUCGGUGAUCUGGUUUCGCUUUUUUCGCAUGCCACUUUCUGUGUUCAGGUCUUCUCAGCCGCGUGUUUGAGACCCGUGAGGAGAUGCUCACGGAAGUGCAGAAGGUCGCCAAAUUAUUGCUUUGAAGAGCCCCGUUGGUGUGCAGGGAACGAAGCACAUUCUGAAUUACGCGAGAGACCAUCCAGUGGAGAACAGUCUGAACUAUGUGGUGAGUGUCAGAGAGAUAUCAUAUCAAUAGGGAAGAGUUGCAGGCCGCGUGGAACAUGUCUCAACUGUUCACUGAAGAUCUCAUGAAGGCGGGCUUGGCGACGUUCGCUAAAGAGCCGCAGCCGCCGUUCGCCAAACUUUAA